AGAAGUUCUUUCUCAUUAAGCGACCAACCAAGUUCAGCUUAGCACUCUCUGCUGAACACACACACUUUGCCGAACACACACACUCUGCCGAACACACACACAGCGACACACACACACACACAAAUAAAAAGCAGAAGUGGAGAGAGGCACAGGGUUUGGCGCAACGUGGUUGGCUAUGGCUCACGGCUUUGACAGCAAUGACUCCAGUUACACUAAGUCUCCUUCGCCAACGGGCAGCAGGCGGGGCUCCUCAGACAACAUCAAGAAGGUAAUGAGAAGAGAGAAGAACCGUAUCGCUGCCCAGAAGAGCAGGAUGAGACAGACCCAGAAGGCAGACAGUCUACACCUGGAGAGUGAGAACCUGGAGAAGGAGAACGCGGCUCUGAGGAAGGAGGUGAAGAAACUCAAAGAAGAGGCCAAGUAUCUCUCCUCUGUCCUGACUACCCAUGAGCCUCUCUGCACUGGCCUGCCCCCCCAGAUGACCCCUGACCUCAUCUACUCCCCCCAUCAUCACUCCGUCUCCCCCCACCAUCACGGGAGCAACGUCUUCCACCACCAGCACAGCAUCGCUGUGUCGCACUACCAGCACUGAUCACCACCGGCCACCAGGGGGUGCUGAAGAGAAACUGGAGAGGUUUACUGACCUUGAUAAAGUGGGUGAAGAGAGCCACUUGAACUAGCCUCGCUAAACCAGGUCAGCCUGGUUUAAAGAGGCGACACUUGAACAGGAUGAAGUUAAUGAAUGGUUUCUUUGUUUCAACGGAACAGGCAGCACUCAUGAAUGAUGUCUUUGCAUCAGAUCAACAAUUUUCUGAUAUUUAAAAGAUGACAAAGGCUUCUUUUACACAGGCAGCCAAAUUCUGAUCUUUUGCCCAAUUAUUGUCAAAAUGUCUGAUAGGUAAAAAAAAAAAAAAAUUAUGACAAAAGAAUUGUGUAAAAAAGCACAUAGAUGGUAAUUUCACAUUUAUGACUCGACCAUAGAAUCAAUGCCUCGACUAUGCCAAUAGUCCACAUCUACAGGACAUAAAACCAGCACGAUUGAA